AAAUAAACUGCAACCAAACUAAAUAUGCCAAAAAGGGAAAAAUUUGAGAUUUUUAUGGAAAAAUAUGGCAAAAAUUGAGAAUCGAUUGAAGUUGUCAGACAAGUUCUUGCAGAACAAAAGGACUUUUCCUUCGUAAACAUCUUCAGACGACUCAAUAAGAUCAACAAAGAUGGGUUUAUAACUGAACAAGAAAUAAGUUCAUACCUUGAGGAGACAGGUAUCAGAAAUUCACAAGAGAUUGUUGAGUUCUUUGUCAAGUCAUUUGACCAUGACGAUGACGGGAGGAUCUCCUUUCAAGAUCUGCUUCUUUCAAUGAUUCCUCAGAAAUAGCCUUAAAAUUUAUAAAGAAAGCAUCAAAAAAGACAAGGGGAGCUUUAAGGUUAAUAGCCAAGAAGAUCCACCUAAAGAAGUUUUAUAUGAAAGUUAUCUGGACUCAAACGAUGACCCAACACAAGAGGUGCUAGAGCUCUGGCCAAGGCUCUCUACUGUCCCUAACACUGAACAGAAAGUUUACAUAACCAAUUUGGCUACAGGGCUCGAAUUUGCUCUGAAAUAAAUAUUUUGAAGCUUAUCUGGGUCUUUAUUCAUCAAUUUUUAUGGCUAGAAUGUACUUCGCAGAAAAUAUAGAAGACCAGAACAACAGUAUAGAUGAGCCGAAUGCUGGCAUCAACCUGACCGAGACCUUAAUCAAGAUCCUGGCUUGAAAAGGACUAGAAGCGUAUCUCACAAAAUCUCGAAGAAGGAGGUACCUCUACGACAGGCAAAUGUUGAUCAGCAUCUUUAGAGGCCUUGAUAAGGAUAUGGAUGGCAAAAUCUCAGUGCUUGACUUCCUAAAAUCCUUGUCCAAGAAUUAUACAGAAGAGAACCUAAAUAUUCAAAUUGCAUCAAGAUUUCUGGAUAACCUUCCUCAAAGCGAGCUCACAGGCAAAAGGAUAACAUUCGACUCUAUAAUUAGCAAGAAAAUUCAGAAAAGGAAGAAAUCUAGAAACCCUAAAACCUCUUCAAGACUGGCUCGGGAGAGGCUGAUCCAGGCCAACCUGAGAGCUUCUAGCGCAGAUCAAAGAUACAGGACACCCAAGAAGAGAGCAGUCCGGAAGUUCUCUGUAGAGCAUGCACUCACUUGGAAGCAACUAGUAGAUUCAGGCAACGAGAUUGCGCUUGUCUAUAUAGAUAAUCCAACCAAUGCUAGCUCCAGGAGAGAGACUCCAUUCAAGUCUGAUCGAAAGAGGCAUUUUAAGAGUGCCAAGGUUGAAAAUAAGUACCACCAAAGAGUCCUCGACCCUAAUAUUUACAAGUUUAAAUAAGCGGAAGAUGUUCUGGCCUCUCAAUUACCAUCACCAGAGCAAAGGAAAGUUACUAAAGAGUUUCAAGCAGCACCUGGAUGCUUACAUGCACACAUUCUCGCUUCGCAAGAAUGUUUUGGAUAAGUCUACUCAGGAGAAACCCCAUGAUAUCUUGACUAUCACUCCUGAAAUUCCAGAAUCUGCACAACAAGAUGUCCUUGAAAGCAGAUUUAGCAUGGUCUUAGCGAAAAUUAUAGAGUUCGAGGAACGUCUAGAGAUACAGAAACAGGAGCUAGCUAAGGAAGAGAGCACUGAACUAAAUGAUAUCCGGAAUAGCAUCUUUAUGAACAUGGGCAGAGAUUACUUCACAGUUGAUGAUCUGGUGAAUGCACUGGAGACACUUGAUUUUGACCCAGAAAUCUGUACUCUAGAGAUAGCCCAAAUCCUGCUGAUUAAAUUCUCUUCUAUCAAAGACAAGAGAGAUUUUGGCACCAAAAUUACUGAGAAGUCAUUAGAAUACAUCAUGAACUCUGAAGAACUAGCCAUCAUGUUUUUGCCACGAGAUGAGUCCUUCCAAGAACUUGUGCUUCAGCGGGAGUCCAAAAUAGCAGACAUAAAGGAUAAGAAGCAUAUGGAUGAUUCUGAAAAGAAACAGCUGAAAGCUAUUAAAAUGAGCAUCGGUGGCUACCUCUCCUGGAUUAUUGAUGGACUAAUAACCAUCAAGGAGCUGAUAGAUGAGUUUAUCCACUUCUGUAAUGAAAGUGAAAGUGAUUUGCAUAAUUUCAUCAACAAAACAUUUGACAUUAGUAUCCUUAAGAGCGAGACUUACAUCCCUCUGCAUGGCCUAGUUGAUUUCUUGGAGAAAAGGAAAGCCAAAAUAAUCAACGGCACUCAAGCUAAGGACUCUAAUCCUUACAAGGCCAUGAGCCUGAUCGACAGUUUCUUAAAGUUAGACUCUUGGGACCCUCAGAUUAAUAGCUAUUAUGCCAAAGCUGUCAGAUUCAUUGAUGAAAUUUUGGCUUAUAACAACGCUAUAUUGUAACCGACUGGAAGUCGAUCAGAAUAAUCCAUUUUCUUCAGAUUCAAGCUAGAUAUUACAAAUACC